GCACCGCCCAUCUGUUGGUCGGGACGCCGCGAGGGCGGGGCCCGCAGUUCGGUUGCGCUGCGAAGCGCAGCUGUGAGGGAGCGUCUGUCGGAUCCCGGGCCCCGGAACCCGAGCUGGGAGCUGAAGCGCAGGCUGCGGGCCGCCGAGCCGAGAGGCCGAGCCUUCAUUCCAGCAUGUCGGAGGGGGAGUCCCAGACGGUGCUUAGCAGCGGCUCUGACCCCAAGGUAGAAUCCUCCUCCUCAGCUCCUGGCCUGACCUCACUGUCACCUCCUGUGACCUCCACGACCUCAGCUGCCUCUCCAGAGGAAGAAGAAGAGAGUGAAGAUGAGUCUGAGAUCUUGGAAGAGUCCCCCUGUGGACGCUGGCAGAAGAGACGGGAGGAGGUGAAUCAGCGGAAUGUGCCGGGGAUCGACAGCGCGUACCUGGCCAUGGACACGGAGGAGGGUGUCGAGGUGGUGUGGAAUGAGGUCCAGUUCUCUGAGCGCAAGAACUACAAGCUGCAGGAGGAAAAGGUCCGUGCUGUGUUUGAUAAUCUAAUUCAGUUGGAACACCUCAACAUUGUUAAGUUUCACAAGUAUUGGGCCGACAUUAAAGAGAACAAGGCCAGGGUCAUUUUUAUCACAGAAUACAUGUCUUCUGGGAGUCUUAAGCAGUUUCUGAAGAAAACCAAAAAGAACCACAAGACUAUGAAUGAAAAGGCUUGGAAGCGAUGGUGCACUCAGAUCCUCUCCGCCCUGAGCUACCUGCACUCCUGUGACCCCCCCAUCAUCCAUGGGAACCUGACCUGUGACACCAUCUUCAUCCAGCACAACGGACUCAUCAAGAUUGGCUCUGUCUUUCAUAGGAUUUUUGCUAAUGUGGCUCCUGACACCAUCAACAAUCAUGUGAAGACUUGUCGGGAAGAACAGAAGAAUCUGCACUUCUUUGCACCAGAGUAUGGAGAAGUCACUAAUGUGACAACAGCCGUGGACAUCUACUCUUUCGGCAUGUGUGCCCUGGAGAUGGCGGUGCUAGAGAUUCAGGGCAAUGGAGAAUCCUCCUAUGUGCCACAGGAAGCCAUCAGCAGCUCCAUCCAGCUUCUAGAAGAUCCAUUACAGAGGGAGUUCAUUCAGAAGUGCCUGCAGCCUGAGCCCGCUCAAAGACCCACAGCCAGAGAACUUCUGUUCCACCCAGCACUGUUUGAGGUGCCCUCGCUUAAACUCCUCGCUGCCCACUGCAUUGUGGGACACCAGCAUAUGAUCCCCGAGAAUGCUUUGGAGGAGAUCACCAAAAACAUGGAUACGAGUGCUGUACUGGCCGAAAUCCCUGCAGGCCCAGGAAGAGACCCAGUUCAGACUCUGUACUCCCAGUCACCAGCUCUGGAAUUGGAUAAAUUCCUCGAAGAUGUCAGGAAUGGCAUCUACCCCCUGACAGCCUUUGGGCUGCCUCGGCCACAGCAGCCACAGCAGGAGGAGGUUACAUCACCUGUGGUGCCCCCCUCUGUCAAGACCCCAACACCUGAGCCAGCUGAGGUGGAGACGCGCAAGGUGGUGUUGAUGCAGUGCAACAUUGAGUCCGUGGAGGAGGGCGUGAAACACCACCUGACCCUUCUACUGAAGCUGGAGGACAAACUGAACCGGCACCUGAGCUGUGACCUGAUGCCAAAUGAGAACAUCCCUGAGUUGGCAGCUGAGCUGGUCCAGCUGGGCUUCAUUAGUGAGGCGGACCAGAGCCGGCUGACUUCUCUGCUGGAGGAGACCCUCAACAAGUUCAACUUCGCCCGGAACAGCACCCUCAACUCGGCCGCUGUCACCGUCUCCUCCUAGAGUUGGCUCGGGCCAGGCCCUCCACUCCACUGCGGCCUCCCUCAGGGCCCAGCCUCCCCGCCCUCCCCAGUCAGUAUUACCCCGUAAGGCCCCUCUCCUGCGUUGUUCAGGAGGGCUUAGGGGCUCCCUGGUUCUGAGCAUCACCUUUCCCGCCCCCUUUCCUCCCCUCUGCACUUUGUUUACUUGUUUUGCACAGACGUGGGCCUGGGCCUUCUCAGCAGCCUUCCAGUGGGGGGCUAGUAGCAGACUGCCGGCUCCGCCCAGCCUGUGCGGACAGGCGGCCCGAGGCACUGGGGAGCCGCUGGGCGGACGGGCGGGAGAGAAGGGUGGUGCUGCCGGUGGCCCUGGGGGGCCAUUCCAUU